AUGGCGUCUCUGUCCGGGAUCACUGUCUUUCGCGCCGAUUCUUACUCUGCCACCGCUGCGUCGGCGUUGCUCAUCUACGAGUACGUGAUCACGUUCCCCACUGAAGUCAACUUGUACUGGCCCGCGUGGAGAAAGCCUACCGGAGCCCUGGUCCUCUUCGCACUCAACCGGUACCUAGCCUUGGGGCACUGCAUCUACAACCUCUUCUUUGAGUGGUUUGCUACGACCGCAUCGGAGAUCUCCAGGCACCACGUCAACGACGAAUGCUGA